AUGGACCAAAAUGGAGGUCUAGGUCACAGAUCGAAUUCUAAGGAAGUCGGGUGGGACGACAUAUUCAGAAAUGUGCUUAAUCGCCGCCGUGAUUCAGAAGAUAGGUUAGAGGCCUCAAGUCCUUUAGGCGUUCCACCAUUGGCGCAGCAGUUAUCCCCAUGUGGCACUACGUAUGUAAAACUACAGCCAAGCAAAGACCUCACGAUUCUUGCCUCUACAUCAGACGAGACCAUUCAGGCUGUUAAGACCCUCGCCAAUGCGUUGUCUCACCGGUGGCGUUUUAUUGGCCGUUACAAAACGCCUCAGCCCUCCCCAGGGGUCCAUGUGGUGUCUUUCCCUGCUUCCCAGUGCGGCGGGUGUCCAAGUGGAAAACAUGCAGAAAAUGGAGCACAUACACAAAGCAUGAAGGGCUGCUUAUCAGCCCGUGGCCCCUGUAAUUGUAGCGUCUGUGAUGGGGAGGGCACGCCCAUGCCUUUUGAAGCAGUUAGCAAGGAGCCACACUUUGAGCCAUUCAGUGUCAAGGUGCCGCCGAGCUGUGCGGCCAAAUUUAAAUUCGUCGACGGUGUCAUACAGGUGUUCUGGAAACCCGGAAAGGACUCCGAAGAUCUUCCGCUUCUGUGGGAUGCGAACACCAUUCCCACGGUUCGGGAAUACCUUGCCGCGCUGCAGGACGUCAUGAUUGCCGUUCAAGAUCCAGGCACAGAAAUAGAAGAGACAAAGAAUAAUAAACACCGUGAUUUUUAUAAUAAUACACUCGUUCUUUACUACAAAAGAAUUGUAAUAGUACGCGUCGGUUCUGGUGCCUUCUGCAGAAAAAAGUACAGAACAGAGGGCAACACAGUGGUCGCCGAAGAAGGAGGCCAGGGAGUUACUCUUCGUGAUUUGUUUGACAGAGAACUCGGAUUUAGCGCUAGAGAGGCAUCCGUCGACCAUCUCAAUGUUCACGCACUCGGCUCUUGCUUUCAGAGAUUUGAUCUCUUUAACCAAAAGUAUAACCCUUUCGGUCAGGCGCGGCUGCGCGACGUCUUCCUCAAAACAGACAAUUAUAUCAAAGGGCGUUUUUUGGCUGAGCUGACGAAGGAAGUCAUCGCGGACUUAGAUGAUCGCAAACUGUAUCACGUGUAUCGAAAGCGCGGUGAAGUGCCUGAUUUUGGCACACUGCUGCGCAACGUGUUUGAGCCGCUUUUUGAAGCCGUGAAAAACCCAGAAAAGCAUCGCAAGAUAUAUCUAUUUCUACAGGCGAUGGUUGGAUUCGACUCUGUGGAUGAUGAGUCGCGCGUCUCCAAGUACACAAUGGAAGGAGGAGAACUUCCAAGCCCCUCUGAGUGGACGAGCGACAACAACCCUCCAUAUUCCUACUGGGCGUAUUACAUGUAUGCGAAUAUUCGCGCGCUGAAUCUCUUCUUGGAGGCGCGAAAUAUGAAGACCUUGAGCUUCAGGCCCCAUUGCGGAGAGGCGGGAAGCAUUAGCCACUUGGCGGCUGCCUUUUUGUUGGCCGAUGGUAUAAACCAUGGUAUUCUUCUUAAGGGCGCCCCGGUGUUGCAGUACAUGUUCUUCCUGAAGCAAAUAGGAAUUGCCGUAUCUCCGCUGUCCAACAAUGCCCUCUUCGUAGAUAUUGCCAAAAAUCCUUUGUACUCCUUUUUCACGACGGGUUUGAAUGUAUCCCUAUCCACCGACGAUCCUCUGAUGUUCCACUUCACCGAUGAGCCCCUUCUCGAGGAGUAUUCUAUUGCAGCAAUGCAGAGCUGGCAAUGUAUAUGUGUUCCAAGUGGAUUUGAGGUAGAGUUUAAGCGUCACUGGCUGGGAGACACAUUUUGGUUGCCAGGCAGUGAAGGUAAUGACAUGUCUAGGACCAACGUUAGCAACAUCAGACUCCAAUACCGUAUAGACACUUGGAGAGAAGAGUUGGAAAACAUGCGGGAAAUCCUCAAUAUGCGGAUGGCUCUGACUGCAACUCAGCAACAACAGCAGCCAGAGGCUGGGGUUCUCAAUACCUUCUCUUUGAGCUUGCCACCUCCGAGCCUGAUACUGCAAAUGCCACGCGGUGCAUCUCCUGCCGAUUCCCCUAUGGCAUCGAGAGGGAGAAACGGCACCCUUCCCUCCUCUCCAGGUUUAGUGGUCGACAAGGUGGAGUCUUCGCAAGGGGCAUUAACACUGCUUCCCGCUGCAGCCUCUGGGUCUGCAAUCAGUGACCUACCGUCUCCAAAGAUAUGCGUCACGAGCGCUUUGCCUGUCAUAUUAUCUCCAGACUUGUCGCUGCAAAAGAAUGACGAAACUAGGCAAAGGCGAAGAAGCGUGGCAGAGCAGGAGCUUGACGAGCUCUCAUGCGCUGCACAACAGCUGGCUCUCUCGAUGAAAAUGAGCUUACCACAAUCGCAAGAAAAUGAUGAAUCCUCUUGA